GAGUCGCUGCCUCGGGGCUCUCCCCAUCACACCUCGUCAUUUGGAGGGAUUUAAAGAGGAAAAAAAUUAAAAUUACUGCUCUAUUAAAGCAGCAAACAAGGAGCAGAAAAUCUGUUCAGGAGGCGUCAAUUCGCAGCGGAGCCUCUUCAUUCCUGCUUGGAAAAGCUCUUCCCCUCCCCAUGUCUCCCUUCCACGAGUGCUGCCUGCCCCCGGGCCUGGCGUGCCCCGAGCCCUUCGCCGUGACCCGCAACGAAACCUGCGUCAUCAAAUACCCCGACACCGUGGUGGACAUCGUGGAGCCCGAUUUCCCGCCCUACUCCGUCAUCUACCCCGGGCCCACCCUCACCACCUUCCCCCAGCAGACCCUGGUGGGCUCCACGGCCCUGCUGGACAUCAGGAACCUGCUGGGCCCGCGGGGAUUCCCUGGGUUUGGGGGCCAACCUAAACCUUGCCUGGAUAUCUGUGGAUAGACCGGGAAGCAGAGCUGAGCCCCGACUAAAGGUUAUUGGAUAAUGGAUUGUAGAAGUGCCGAGCUCCCGAGGUUCCCAUGGAGUCCAAAAAUGCAGGGAUUCCUGUUCCCAUGGAGUCCAAAAAUCCAGGGGUUCCUGUUCCCAUGGAGUCCAAAAAUCCAGAGAUUCCUGUCCUAUGGAGUCCAAAAAUCCAGGGGUUCCUGUUCCAUGGAGUCCAAAAAUCCAGAGAUUCCUGUCCUAUGGAGUCCAAAAAUGCAGGGAUCCCUGUUCCCAUGGAGUCCAAAAAUCCAGAGAUUCCUGUUCCAUGGAAUCCAAAAAUCCAAAGAUUCCUGUCCCCACAGAGUCCAUAAAUCCAAGGAUUUCUGAUCCCAUGGAGUCCAUAAAUCCAAGGAUUUCUGAUCCCAUGGCGUCCAUAAGUCCAAGGAUUUCUGUUCCCAUGGUGUCCAUAAAUCCAAGGAUUCCUGUUCCCAUGGCAUCCAUAAAUCCAAGGAUUUCUGUUCCCAUGGAGUCCAUAAAUCCAGGGAUUCCUGGCACUAGAACUGCCCGAGGACUAGAAUUUCCAGCCUAUGAGAAAACUGAAAUUUCUCUAUUGACCUCAUUCCAAUUAGGAUGAACCAAAGCCCAGAAUUUUCCAAGAAACCAGAUUUAAAAAUUAUAUUUAUCUCCUUUUUUUUUUUUUUUUUUUUUUUUUUGGUUUGCUAAAAGCUGUGUGUCAAUAAAUUUCAUUUUUUAUGCCAACAUGGAAGUUUUAUUAUCGAUUUCUCUCAAAUUAAAUUUAAAAAAAGGCAUAAAAUCCCCCCAAACAAUAUGACUGGAAAAUCUUGGUUUCCAAAAUGAAAUUUUACCCAAACUCCUCUUCAUAUUUGUAAAUUUUGCUGAACCAACAUUGAAAAAGAGACAAAUAAAAUCAGCUCUACUUGGCAUUUCUGAAAAUUAGGAAUUUGUAGCUCCCUGCUGUGCUUUAUUCCUGCUUAGCCCCACCAUGUAAUGCUCUCCCAGAUUCUUUUCCUGUCUUUACCUCAUUUAAUGCAAAUCACGGGGAAAAAAAAAAAAAAAAAAACAAAAUCAAAAUAUUUACAGCAAUUGUAAGAUCAAAUCUCUUUGCAAAAUCCUUCUGCUAAAAUCUAUGAAAAUCAUGGGAGUGGGGAUUUGUUGUGGACCCUCCUGGAAUUCUUUGAUUUUUUUUUUUCCUUUCCAGCGAGUUUUGUAAAUCGAGC